AGCCAGCUUAAUUUAAAACCAUUUCGUCUGCAGGUUAAACAUUUAUUCCGCAAUCUCCCCUCGAAGGAAAGUAAUCAACACAUCUGCCGUCUGGGAGAAAAAGAUGCGUCUUAUUUUGUGCUUGAUGUGUUUUGUUGGACUAGUCUCUGCUUGGACAGGGAACACUGACUACAGAUGGAGGAUAAAAUGCGAGUGGGUAUGGGGCUGUAGAUACCAAACUUGGUCUGCAUGCUGUUCUUGGGGAUGGAUUACCGUUGAGGUGCGUUAUAAAGAAUAUUUCUGCCUUACCGGAUGGACACACAAUGGCAAUCGAGACUGUACUAUCGCUAUAUGUCCCUAUGAUUGUGGCGGAUCCAGUAGAGGGACAUGUAUCAGUCCAGGGGUGUGUAGGUGUAACGCUGGCUAUACAGGGACAUACUGCAUGGAUGUGGCCGCUUGUUCCCACCUGAAACCCUGUUAUCCGGGUUACUGCACCAGUAAUGCGUGCAUGUGUACCAACAACUUUUCCCCUGAGAAUAGUGGAACAUCAAACUGCUUGAAUUUUCCAACGGACCAAGAUUAUUAUCCAUCCAUUGAACAAAGUACUUUGGACCUUGGAUACUAUCAUCAGGUUAAAGAAAUGUUAAUAUACAACAUGACAAUCGACUCUGCUAUGAGCCCUGAUAACGUGGAAACGUUCUGGACCAACCGCAGGGACGCCAACAGGAUGAACUUUACUUUUCAGUCUAUUUUUAGCCCAAGUACACUUAAUUUUCCGAGUAGGCCGAAUUACAUUAUCCAGCAUGCUUUUGGAAUCACCAAGGCCGAUGUCAAUGUCGUGGUGACCAAAUUAAACAAUGAAGAAAAAUACAAUCAAGUAUUAAAUUGUAAUGGCGUCACCAGAGAUGCUCCCAUUAAUGAAAAACUCUAUCGCUGUGACACGAGUAUCGACGAUUUCGACAUCCGGUUUGAUUCUGGUGAUACAUAUUCGGUAACAUUCAGAGCAGAAAACGGAGGAUUUCGAAUUCUUGAUAAUGGUGGAGGGAAACAGUAUUACACUGGCAGACCAACAACAAGAAAAGUCGACCUAAAGUUUGAUACGGAGAUACCGUACCACUGCAGUGAGAAGAGCGAAUGCACAUACCCCGUUUCAGAUAUGAUGUCUGUUCAAAAUGACGUCACAAAGGUACCCAUACAAAUAUCAUGGAGAGGGUGGAAGGAUCAGUUAUCUAAAGUGGCACGUUACGCUCUGGAAGUUUUUAAAUUAGUGAAAGGAGAUAAUGGCACAUUAAAGGAACCGUACACAGACUUAGUACCAAAUCCCGUCCCCAUUACUAUAAGGGAGUUCAAUGAAACUACAGAGGCAGGGACUCAUUCCUUUACAUUUCGACCAAAUGUACCCGGUGUCUACUCCUGGAUACUGGAGAUAAACGACAGAGCAAAUAAUUCGGCCUACGUCAGACGUUUCGUCAUUUAUGAUUCAAUUUCCUCCGUGACGUCAGAUGAAUCCCAUCCGUUUUAUGCAACAUCCGGUAAUUCAAUAGUAAACUAUGAAUGGCAAAACUCAAACCCUAAAACAUUUUCGUUUUCCUGGAAGAAACACUUUUUGAACAAAAUACACGAAGACGGAAAUUUCUUAGCCCGGAUCAGAUUGUUUCCAGAUUCCCUUUCUGACGGUGGAGAUCGAAAUGGCUACAAAAAUAUACCUGAUAAAUACGAUGAUACGGAAGGAACAAGAUCCAGAGACGCCAUACCCAAUGAACGAGGAAUCAUCAAAUAUGACGUUGCCUAUAAUAUUGGUAAGGACCAAUCAUCACCACCAACAUAUCAGUAUCGAAAUCACAAUAGCACUUCGAUUGAAAUUUCGGAGACCCAAAAUCUCCAGGAUGGAAAUUCUUUCACGAUUUGGGUCAAAGCUUACGAUAUUCUUGGCAACACCAAAGAAGAAAGAUUUAUUCUUCAUUACGAUUCAAGCAGGCCAGCAGUGUCAACAGUAGAAUUACGAAAAAAUGUCGGAGAGGACAAAAUGAAUUUUACCAGCAGUGUUCAUAUUUUGGGAGCUUCUGAUCCCAACAGUGGUGUGAAGAGAAUCAAGUACAGGUUCAAGGCUCAGAGUACGGGGCGAGUUAUCAACAACAGAGAAUAUGAGUACCUCAAUCCUACAAGGGAUGAGAGUUAUUGUAACACAAACCCAUGCGACUCAAACCUGCCGACGGGGGAAUCGUUUGGAAAAACCAUUGACCUUCCAUUCUCAAACUGUCACGCCAUGAAUGUCAGUGACGUCUCCACGGAAACUGUUACCAUGGAAAUGGAUGUAUAUAACUCAGCCGGACUUUAUAUCUCUAGAAGUUUGCAGAUUACAAAUCUUACUUCUUUAAGAGGAGUCAAUGAUUACUUUGGUCCAAUGGAAAUAAGAAUUGCCGAACAGAUUGGACAAACAUUAAAAAUAAUGUGGGAUCAAGCCCCAAGUUGCUACAACAUUCAAGGAUUCGAGUUUACAUAUUCAAGAGCUAAUGGUCAAGUUAUAAAAUCGGAAAUAUUCCAUGAGGUCCAGAACUGGGUCAUAUUAAAUGGCGUAAUAGAGAACACAGGAUAUCAUCUCCGGUUAAAUACCCUGUAUGGAAAUGAUCCGAACAAUCCCAUUCGAAGUGUGGAUUCCAACUUUACGUUUACAAUUCCAGUAUCAGAACCACCAACAUCAAGCCCGAGUGUUGCAAUUGCCGCAGGAGUUUCCAGUGCUCUUAUCAUACUCAUCAUUUUGGUGCUUGUCUUUCUGAUAUUCAUGGUGAGAACUAGACGAAUGAAGAACCCAAUAGAGAGAUUGCGCUCCAUGUCCACGAAAUCCAAAGGCGGCCCCUUCAUUGAGAACAACUUUGAUUCAGUAGUGACGAGACCUAACAACAAGUCUAAGGCGUACAAUAACCGAGCAUACUCCCAGGAAUUCGAGGAUGACGUGUAUUAUGCUGAAAACGAGACUCCGCUCAGGUAUCAGAUUGUUAGAUCCAGGACCACGUUUGAGGAAGAGAUUGCGCGCGGAAAAUUCGCCAUCAUUUACAAAGCCAAAUAUCUGAAGGACAACUCAUCGAAUACCGUGGUAGCUAAAACAAUGAAAGAAAACCCAACACAGAAUGACAUAGAGACAAUGCACGCCAAAGUCAAUUUCUACGCCAUGAAGAUAGGGGAACAUCCCAACGUCCUCAAGUUUAUCGGUGUUGUGGAUGACGAUGUCCUUGGUCGUUUCAUGGUCCUGGAAUAUUGUGAAAAUGGUCAACUUAAGGAAUACUUGAAAGCCAACAAACACAGAGUUAACGACGAGAUGCACGAGAAACUGUACAGAUUCGCCUGUGGAAUCUGUAAAGGGAUGAAUUAUCUUGCGUCCCAAGGGGUUGUGCACAGACGCCUGGCAGCAAGAAACAUUUUGCUGACAUUUCUGCUAGAAACGAAAAUCACGGGCUUCGGGCCAGAGCCUCGGGAAAAUGACGGCAGCGACACAAAGACGGAGCGAGUUCCAAUCAAAUGGGUGGCCCCCGAGUGUAUCAAGACAACGAAACACGCCACAGAGAAGAGCGACGUGUGGUCCUAUGGAGUGGUCCUCUGGGAAAUAUUUUCCAUGGGAGAGGCUCCUUAUGAUGGCAUCAAGAGCAUGGAGCUUGAAUUGAAGCUGAAGAAAGGGUUGCGACUAAAGAAACCAGAACAUUGUGAUGAUGUGUUCUACAAAAUCAUGAAGAGAUGUUGGACAUAUGAAUCAGAAAAACGUCCCAACUUCGAAGAAAUCCUAGAUGAACUGCAAACUCUUUUUACAGGCAACAUCGAUGGAGACGAAUACUACUACUCGCAGAAUGGACUUUACGACAACCGAAAGUGAAGAACAUUCAGCUCGGUCGCUUUUACGGCACAUGCAGCUCUGAUCGCAGUCUCAGACAAUCGUUAUAUUUCAAGUGUCUCAAUAUACAAUUUUGUUUUGUACAAGUAGCUCAUUUCUACUCGCAGAAUGACCUUGACAACAACCGAAAAAAAAUCAAUCUGUUUAAUUUUAGUGCAUAAUAUGAACUAACAAAUCAACAUCGUGUCUUUGUUAUAUGAACUUUUUUUACCUUUGCUGCACAGAAUAUACUUUAUGACAAAUGAAAAUGAAGAAAAUUUAGCCGCUCGCAUUUACGGCAUAAAGCCGAACUUUACCACGCAACAUCAAACAAGAUUUAUAUGCAUGUUACUGUGUCUCAAAAUACAUCUUGGUUUUUUAUUUGUACUUGUUUUUACACCUUUGUUACUUAAAUGUAUGCGGCAAUUCUCAUGUUCAUGUUGAUAUCAUUUAUUGAUAAUGUACCAAAUAGACUGAUGAUAUAGUUUUCGUUAAAUCGUUCAUCAAAGUAACCAGUUUGUCCGUCACAAAAGUAUACGUUUUUUAACAUACCCAUAAACAUCCAUAUAUAUUAUUCAUAUAUUACAUGUAUUACUUUAAUUGAAUUCCAUGCAUUAUAUACUGGUACACGUAUAUGCUAGAUAUCUAAAAAUGUGUAUGUAACCGUGCAAUUUUAAACAGAGCCCAUAUAAGUAUUCCACUGGGGUAUCUUAAUAUAUUCUAGUAUCACUAGUAGUUCCAUCAGGUAAAUCAAAUUUUACAUACUUAAAUACGCUACAAUGUUCUUUAUUUUUUAUAUUGUGAAAGCAAGCAAUACAAUAUACAAUUUUACAAAAAAUUCCAUAUAUUAUUCAGCAAUGUUGCUGACAACUUUUAUUUUAUAAGGUGAAAAUAUAUAGAGAGAGGAUGGGUUAAAAUUACAAAUGCACUAAAAAGAUUAUAAUAAAUAGAAACCAAAAAAGAACUAAUGAAAAGAAAAUCAAUUAAUUAAAAUGUAAGAGUCCAUUUCUGUCAGAAAAUGUUAUUAUUCAUGAGUGAUCACUGUCUGAAGUAUAAUUGUAUUUCAAAAUAUUUUUAAAAAAAUUGAUGAAUUGACAGCGGUCUUUAUAGAUGUACUGUUUUAUUAAUAUUGGCAUAGAACUGAAUAGUUCUUAUAGUGCAUUCUUAUUACAUUGACUGAAAAUAAAAGUUGCAGUACUUUUAAUUUCAGGAUAUCUCGAUUGACAAAUGCUAUCAAGAUUUUCUAAAAUCAUUGAAUAAAGUUAAUUCAAGGGAUAAAAGUUGAUAGGUUUAAUAUUUAGUUCUUUAUUGUGCGUUUUAAGUUUUGAUAUUUUUUCGGCAAGAAUAUAUCUUGUAUAUGGACUUGAGGUAUAGAAAAUAGAAAUUUUAUGUGAUCAGGAAUUUUCAUGUUUUACUGGGUUUUUUUUAAUAAAUUGUCUGUUAUUUGUUCCACCAUUUAAAAUAUGUCAACAACAUGUUCACAUGAAAAUCAAUCCACCUUUAGGAGCUAAUAAACAUUGCAUUUGAACACAUGAUGUAGAAUUAUGAAAAGAAUUGAUUAAAUUUUAAAAUUAAAA